UCGGUACAAUUUAGCAUUUGUUGGUGCUGUACAGCUGAGAUGUGUGGUACUAUGUGAUUAGGACGGGGCAGGAAGGUGUUCACUGCUGAUACAUGGAGGGAAGAUACUCACUUUCACUUCUUGGCAAAAAAUAUGUAACGACGCCAACAUGAUUGCAUGUUUGUGUUCAGUGUUGCAGGGGCAGCAUAACACCAAUCUUCACACAAUUCCUUUAUUAUCGAAAUUAUAAACAAAUCGCACACACAGAAAUAAUUCUAAUUAUUCUUGAUAUUUUGUAACCAGAAAAUCUGGAACACUAUAAAAGACAAGCAGGAGCUGAAGCAUGGAGGCGGUUAUGAGCAGGCUGAGGGGGCUAAGUGCCGAUGAACUGCGUGAGGAGUUUGCCCGAGCUGACGUGAAGUGCGGCCCCAUCACAGCCACCACCCGAGCCACCUUCGAGAGGAAGUUAGCCCGAGUCCUGGCCGGGCCAGAUAGCAGUGUCACUGAAUUAGACAAUGGCUCUUCAGCAGGCAUUUCGGGUUGUGCACCCUCUGUUGCAGAUCAUGUCAACCCUGUGGCCCGUGUCACUGCUGCAGUUGCAUCUACCACUGCUGCAACAAGCAGCAGCUCCUCUAAUGCUGCCAGCGAAGAGAUGGACUUUGGUUAUGGUGUGGGUCUCAACCCUCCAGAGGAAGAGGAGAUCUCAGUGUCCCCAACCUUUUAUUAUGGAGUAUGUCCACUCUGGGAGGAUGUUUUGUCGAGAAAUGAAGAAAACAUGGAGGUUGAUACCAUCAACCGGGAGCGGGCCAACACUUUUAAGAGCCUGUGCACCCAGGACUUGAAUGGCAAACUGAGGAAAGAGGUGGAGAAAGGUGACCAGGUCGCCUUCGGCAAGCUGGUAUGGAGCAACCCGCGCUAUCUCAUUGGCUCAGGGGAUAAUCCCACUAUUGUGCAGCAGGGCUGUCGGUACAACGUCAUGCACGUGGCGGCCAAGGAGAACCAGGCGGGAAUCGCCAAGUUGCUGCUGGACACCUUGGAGAACCAAAAGUUCAUGCGCCUCAUGUACCCAAACGACCAGGAAGUCAUGCUGCCGAAACGUGUCCGCUACAUUGUAGAUCUUUACCUCAACAUUCCAGAUAAGACUGGGUUUGAAACACCACUUCACUUUGCCUGUAAGUUUGGGUGCCCAGAUGUGGUCAAUGUUCUGUGUUCGCAUCCUGACAUCGAAAAGAACUGUAAGAACAAGGAAGGCCAGAGGCCUUGUGAUCUUAUUUGUAGCAGAAAGAAUAAAACCCAAGAAGUGAAGCAGAAGAUAAGUGACUUUUUGGAGGAUCGCUGCUACAUCCCUUUGUUAAGGGCAACUGACAACACCUGUCAGCCCAUCAUCGCGGAUUUGUGGUCACCUGAGUCCUCAGAAAAUCUCUCGCUGAUCCAGAGGUACACAAGAAGCCCGAAGGAUCCACUGAUGACUGUCACAGCCUUUGCUGGCCCACUGAGUCCGUCUAAAGCAGAUGACUUUCGCCGCUCCUGGAAGACGCCGCCCCGAGACCGAGCCGACCUUUUCCACAACAUCCUCAAGUCUGAUCCUGACCGUGGGGCAGAGAGAGUGGGCAGAGACUUGGCUCAUGAGAUGGGUCACCCAUGGGCUGAGUACUGGGACUUCCUGGACAGUUUUGUGGAUCUGUCAUCGACAGAGGGGCUCCGAAAGCUGGAAGAGUUUCUGGGCAAGAAGGAUUUCAGCCCACGAGGUCAUGACGAAGCUGGAGAGAAUGAGACCAGCAACAGGUUCAAAAGCCCCUCUCCAGGGGACACCCGGGACGCCUUCAGCUCCUCCUCAGCCAUAGACUUGAAUUCUGGGCUGAACCGCCUGUCUCUUAGUCACAGCAUUCAGGACAGCGAGGCCUUGGAAGGCCCAAGCUGGAGAACAGAGGGAGGGGGGACGGAGGAGAGGCGCAGAAGCGGCAGCUCAGAGGAGUACUUUGAAGCAGAGGAGAGUUUGGAGGUACUGGGCAGGACUAGGGGGUCAGUAACUGGGGGGCGCAACUUCUGUGCUAGGUCCACAUCAUGGGACCAUGGGGGGAGAGACCUGAGCAGCUCAGGGUCUUCUGGGUCCUCCUAUAAGUCCUUGGAUAACUCCCAUGAGUUCCUACCCAGGACUCCACCUCACAUUAGAAGGGGACUUUUCAUUGAUGGGGAUUCACCAACCAAGCUAGACCGAGAGGCCUUGUCAGCAAUAGACGGCAUAGACGUCGAUCCUCAGAAGUAUCCCAGCAUUCAUAAGUGGAAGAGCACAAUGACGUCAUACUCUGCAUCAGACAGGCAGUGCUGGCCCAGCCCUGCAGUGGUAAAACCACGACUCAGGAUGCAUCAUCAGACUCCCACCCCCCCGGUCAGCGACCUGAUGUCUCCCAGCGGUCGCUUCAGUCCCGCCCGGCAUGCAGCCUCGCCGGACUUCAGUCCCAGCCGCUACAGCCCUGUCAAUGCUAGCUACAACCAGCGCAUCCGCCUCAAGCACUUAAACGAGCCAUCGAAUUAACUGCCCACCCUGUCCCUCCCUCCGCCUCCUACCACUACGGCCAUAACCCCUCCCCCCACCUAACCUCCCCACCACAAACCCAGCUGCACGAAGGUGGCUACUCCACAGCUCAGAAAUCACAUACCUAACAGAAAUAUGCACAAGUGUCUGGAAAAUUUGUAUUAAUGAUGUAUGUUACUACUACUAUGUAAUACAGGAAUUCUCAUCACGUUGGGUUGUGAUGUACACUUGUAUCAGGUAUUAAAACUAAUAUUGCAUUCCACCAAAAAUC